AUGCCUUCCACGGUCAGCGGCGGCGCUGCCCGCGGCUUCCCUACCAUUAAGCAUGUCCGUACCUUUAUCACCCAGGGGCCUGGCUCCGGCGGCGACUAUCACAAUGUGCAUGGCGGCCAUUGGUUGAUAGACAGCAAGAUAUCGACACCGAUGUCGCAGUAUGAGCAGUACAGGAAGUCAAGAACGAGUUGGGGCAUCAACGUUUUGGGCUCCUUCUGUGUCGAGCUUGAGGCUUCCGACGGUACCAAGGGCUUUGCGACUGGAUUUGGGGGUCCACCAGCAUGCUGGCUGGUCGCAGAGCAUUUCGAGCGCUUUCUCAUUGGCAAAGAUCCUCGAGAUACAAACCACCUGUUCGAGCAAAUGUACCGCGCUUCCAUGUUCUACGGCCGCAAGGGACUUCCAGUCGCUGUUAUAUCGGUCAUCGACCUUGCCAUCUGGGACCUCUUGGGCAAGGUCCGCAAUGAGCCUGUAUACAAGAUGAUUGGAGGAGCAACAAGAGAGAGAUUGAACUUCUACUGCACGGGCCCGGAACCUGCGGCGGCGAAGGCCAUGGGAUUCUUUGGUGCGAAAGUGCCGCUCCCUUACGGCCCCGGUGAAGGCAUCGAAGGGUUGAAGAAGAACGUCGAGUUCCUCCGGAAACACCGCGAAAGCGUUGGUCCAGAUUUCCCAAUCAUGGUCGACUGCUACAUGAGCCUGAACGUCCCCUACACGAUUGAGGUGGUCAAGGCCUGCGAAGACCUGAACCUCAAUUGGUGGGAGGAGUGUCUCUCGCCCGACGACACCGAUGGCUUCGAGCUGAUCAAGCGGGCUCACCCCAGGAUGAAGUUCACCACUGGCGAACACGAAUACUCUAGAUACGGUUUCCGGAAACUGAUUGAGGGCCGGAAUCUAGACAUCAUUCAGCCCGACGUUAUGUGGGUUGGAGGCAUGACCGAACUACUCAAGAUCGCGUCCAUGGCUGCUGCGUACGACAUCCCGGUUGUUCCUCAUGCCAGCGGCCCGUACUCGUAUCAUUUCGUCGUCAGUCAGGCCAAUUCGCCGUUCCAGGAAUAUCUAGCCAACUCUCCGGAUGGCAAGUCGGUGCUGCCAGUAUUUGGCGAUCUGUUCGUUAACGAACCCAUUCCAACCCAAGGAUAUCUUGAUGUAUCCGUGCUGGAUAGGCCUGGGUUUGGACUGGAGCUGAAUCCCAACGCCCGUCUGAUUGAUGCGACACGCAUUCUGAAUCCGGCGCCGGCCAAGCCUCUGAAGGUGGAGGAACAGGAGGCCAAUGGCGUCCUGAGAUCUCUUCUCUUCUCUUUUUCACGCUUCCUCCAAACUCUGCUUCUGCUCCAAUUCGAUCAAUUGCAUUCCCCGUUCCCCGCCAAAACAGCUUACCCCGCUUGCAUCAUGGAAGCCGUCAAAGACACCAUCAACACCGCUCUCGAGAAGCUGCACCUCACCGGCGGCGAGCACGCUGCUCCAGCAAAGGAGCCCGCCGAAGAACAGCUCAAAGAGCUCAAAUCCAAAUACGCGAAAGCAGGCCAGGAGCAUGUCUUCGCCUUCUACGACAAGCUCACGGCCGCAGAGAAGGCGGGGCUCUAUGAGCAGCUCGAGAAGUUCGACCCCGACCGCAUCAACGAGCUCGCCGAGACAGCUCUCCACCCGCCGAAGACCGAAUCGGCAGAGUCUACACUCGAGCCCCUCCCAGAGAAUGCUACGUCAUCGGUCCUCGAUUCGAAGGCGGAAGACCUGCAGAAAUGGUACGACAGCGGCCUGGAAAUGAUUGCGGACAAUAAGGUGGCGGUGGUUUUGAUGGCUGGUGGCCAGGGCACACGGCUGGGCAGCUCUGCUCCCAAGGGCUGCUUCGACAUUGGCCUGCCUAGCCACAAGUCGUUGUUCCAGCUCCAGGGUGAGCGAAUUGCAAAGGUGGAGCAGCUCGCGAAGAAGACGCAUGGCAAGGAGAGCGUCACCGUGCCGUGGUAUGUCAUGACAAGCGGUCCGACGCGAGGCCCUACGCAGAAGUUCUUCGAGGAGAACAAGUACUUUGGGUUGAAGAAGGAGAAUGUGGUUAUUUUCGAGCAGGGGGUACUACCCUGCAUUUCGAACGAGGGCAAGAUCCUGAUGGAGAGCAAGUCGAAGGAGAGCUGGCUGACAGCGCAGGCUGCUGUUGCUCCCGAUGGCAACGGUGGUCUCUACCAAGCGCUCAUUACAUCCGGCAUCGUUUCGGACAUGGGCAAGCGAGGCAUCAAGCACAUCCACGCUUACUGCGUGGACAACUGCUUAGUGAAGGUCGCCGACCCCGCCUUCAUUGGCUUCUCCGCAUCGAAGAAUGUGGACAUCGCUACCAAAGUCGUCCGCAAGCGCAACGCUAAGGAAUCCGUCGGCCUCAUUCUCCAAAAGAAUGGUCGACCAGAUGUAGUCGAGUACUCCGAGAUCGAUGCUGCCGACGCAGAAGCCAAAGAUCCUAAGAACCACGAGCUCCUCAAACUCCGCGCUGCCAACAUCGUCAACCACUACUACUCAUACAGCUUCCUCGAGAGCAUCCCCGAAUGGGCGAAGAAGCUGCCGCACCACGUCGCUCGCAAGAAGAUUCCCUACGUGGACACUGAGACGGGCGAGACGGUCAAACCGGAGAAGCCCAACGGCGUCAAGCUGGAGCAGUUCGUCUUUGACUGCUUCCCGUUCCUGACACUGGAUAAGUUCGCUUGCAUGGAGGUGAAGCGUGAGGACGAGUUCUCGCCGCUCAAGAACGCACAGGGCACCGGUGAGGACGACCCGGAUACCAGCAAGAAAGAUAUCAUGAUGCAGGGUAAGAAGUGGGUGCAGGCUGCUGGCGCCACGGUGGUCAGUGAGGACCAGGACGACGGCAUUGAGGUGUCACCUCUCAUUUCAUACGGCGGCGAAGGCCUCGACUUCCUCAAGGACCGAACUAUCAAGGCGCCGGCCGUCAUAGAGUUAGAAGACUAG